AUGGUCAAGUUACCACUGAAAAGUAAGUAGUUAUUCCAUUAUUAUAUUGUUGUUUAGAUUCUCGACCCAAAAGUUAUGAAGAGAAAUUGGAGGAGAAACGGAGAAGGUUGAAGAGAUUGGAGAAGCCGAUCGUCGUGUCGAUGCCUGGAGGUGAGAGUGAUGAUGAACCGGAAGAAUUGGAAACAAAGAAGGAUGACAAUCCAUUGGACUUUGAUAAAGAACCUUCUCCAUUACCUGAAGUUGUUUUGAAGCCGAAAAAGGAGAAGAAAGUCAAGAAAGUGGUGAAGAAGGUGGCUCAAGGGGAGUAUAAUGUUGUUGUGGGGUAAGUUGAGCUAAUUUUAAGCUUUUGUUUUAAAAAUGAAUAUUGAUAACACUGUUUUUACUUUUUAGAGAGUCAGAGUUCAAGGUUGUUACAGCAAAAGCAAAACCAUUGGCCAAUAAGUCGUCGAAAUCGUACAGAGAGUCAUUGAUGGAUUUGACGACACACAGAAAGAAGCGGAGCUCUAUUUGUAGGUUUUUUACUGUUUCAAUAACCAGCUGACUUUUGUUUUGCCAUUAUAUUGUUUGGAAUAUAAUCUUGCAUUGUUUAAAUUUAAUAUUUAAACUUUUUUUCAGUGGUAAAACAAAGAACGCAUAUAGACAAGUGGGUGAAUCGUAAACUGUAA